GCAAUUUUGACAGAUAAUUGUGAGGUUAUGUCAUCCAAUUCACAAAGAAUGUAUUUUUUGCAUAAAUAAUUAAUUACAUAACUCAGGACUUUGACUGUAAAUACAAUUAAUAGUGAAAAAAUACAACGUUUGCAAGCACUAGAAACAUGGCUGGACGUGUUUUAGAGGCCGCAGGUCUUAUGAAUUUUAUACGAAGUAGCAAAGGAUUUGAUAAAGUUUUAGAAAAAGUAAAAAUACUCUCCCUAGGUGGUGGAAAAUGCUCAGCAGAAUUCAAAGUUGACGAAAGUCACACCAAUCCCAUGGGCGGGUUACAUGGGGGGUUUUCGGCUACUUUGGUGGACUGUAUUUCAACUUACGCACUCAUGACAAAAGUUGAAGUCCCUAAUGUAUCGGUUGAUAUUCACAUGAGUUAUUUAAAAGGAGCAAAAAUAGGAGACGACGUUCUAAUUGACGCAAGCCUGCUCAAAACUGGCAAAAGCCUAGCAUUCCUUGAAGUUGAACUUAAAAAUAAAAAAAAUGGUGAUUUGCUAGUUAAAGGGUCCCAUACGAAAUUUUUAAUGCGAUGAUUCUAUUGUUUCUUUUUUUGGAAAUAAAAGUUGUCUAGUCACUUUCAAGGAUCUGUUAUCUACUGUUACACAUUUGUGUUAUCAGAUAAAUAAACUCCUUGAAUCAUUGUA